CAUCGAGUGUGUGAUCGCCAUCAGCAAGUGGAAGCCGCAUCGUAUCGGUCCUGAAAAUCCAAAAAUCCGCUUUUUUCGUGAAUAUCCUUAUUUGGUGGAAACAACUGCGUACGGACCUUCGAAAUGUCCGAUCCCAGCUCCAAGGACACCGUCCUGAAAACGGCCAUGAUCUACGUUUGCGGAGAGUGCCACCACGAAAACGAGAUGCGUCCCCGAGAUCCGAUCCGUUGCCGUGAGUGUGGAUACCGUAUCAUGUACAAGAAGCGUACAAAACGAUUGGUUGUCUUCGAUGCCAGAUAAAUGUUUAGACCGUUGAAAACUUUUGAAUACCAUCAAUAUUGUAAUAAGUACGAAAUAAGUUUAUGAUUAGUUAAAAACUGU